AUGAAUUUCAGCUCGUCUUCGGCAGCCGCUAGCAACGAUGGCAUCAACAACUCUUUCCAAAGACUCUCUGUUACUCAAAUUGCCCCAACGGACAUAAAAAAGAACAUUUGGACUCUCAAAAAAGCGUUCAAAAGUGUAAGUUUAACCAGAAAUUCGUGCUUGAAACCUCAACAUGUUCCCGGCAGCUUUGGGCAUUUUGAGCAAGGUGUUCCUUUGUGCGAGAUUUUCACCGAUAUCGGCCAGAAAUUUCUUGAUCGCUCAAAGAUUGUUUUGGCGAGAGAGUGCCUGGUACGCCUUGAAUCUUCCGCUAAGUUUGUACAAGAGCUAGAAGAAACAGUGGAAAAGUAUAUGGCCUAUUUAGAUGGUGAAAUGCCAAUUCCAAGCGAGUUCCCAUUCAAAGUUGAAAGAUUUCACGACAUUUGCCAUGCAGCAAAAACACAAUGUAUGUACCGACUGGCGAUAAGAAAACUUAUCUUUUCCGAUCCAUGGCUUCGCAAAUGUGUGCCAGACAUGCUGGAGGACUUGGAAGUGGUGAAUAAAGCGCUCUCGCAAUUAGCAGAUACGAGUAUAUCGCUCAUUUCAAUUAUUUUAUCGUGCGUGUUGCGCCUUGCCGAAAAAUGCAAAUGGUGGUUGAGUCAGCAAGGUUUAAGUGCUGUUUGCCAGGGAAUUGAAGAUUUCAAUCGCCUUUUUGAGUACACUAGAAAUUUUCAGAGCGAUGAAAGAGAACUUUUAAGUGUGAGCGAGAUUAGAAAUUUUGUGCAGUCGAAGGGUCGAGAAACUGCAGUUUCAACUACAGCUGUUUCUAGUGUUUGUUUAUUGUCACUGAACAAACUUUUGAAUGGCGUUGCUUGUGAACGUUCUCGUAUUUUGGCCGGUCACGUUUAUGAAUUGGUAAGCGAACAUCAGGAGGUUACUCGGACGUUAAAGUACGACUUUGCUACAAACUUCGAAUGGAAAGACUUUGGGGUGGUAUGUACUGGAGGGAAUGUAAGACUUGAGGGAGGUACACUCAAAAAUGGAGUGUUGUCAGUGUUAAGCCGCAACCAAAUCCCACUCCUGAAACUCGAGCCAGACUCUCCAUUGCUUUCAUUUGAUUCAGAGGAGCAGAAAUUUUUCAGUAAUUUAAUAUCACAACUUGCUACCUCAACAACACUUAUCUUAAGCCGCCAUGUUAGUGGUGAGAGGAAAAAUGUGAUUCAGUUGCCGCCAUUAGAGCAGCUGACCUCAAGUUCAAGGAGUGAAGAUGCUGAUCUGCAGGGGACAUCAACAGCUGAGGAGGCUGGAGGGUCAACAAGUUCAUUACUGCAUCAUCAGGAGGGUCAUGGCAUUCUCAGGCACAGCUCAAGUCCAGGAUCACCCAGACUCAACAAGCGUGUUCAGUGGAACGCACCCUUAGACUCUGAAACAACAAAGCAGUUACAUUAUGAUUAUAGCACCAUGCUUUGGGCCAGUUUUGGAGAGCAGCUGGUGGCACUGAUGGCAGAAAAUCAAGAAUCUAUAGGCAACUUAACGCAAAAUGUGGCCUUGGGUCCAUUGUUCUUGUGGUCUGAUUUUCUUUUGAUGGUUGUUGUUCGCAUGAUGGAGUCACUACGUCUGUCAGGCUGUUUGCCACCAGCUGGUACUAGUUCCCUUCAAGCUGUAAGCUGCUAUCUUCAUUGUCUGGCCUCUGCAUCAAGCUGGGAUUCAGCUUUCAGUGGUGUUCUUGGUUCCUGUCUGUCUGACAAAUGCCGCAUGGACAGUGAACUUACAGACAGCAUCCCAGGUACACAGACAGCACAAUCCAUAGUUUGUCUCUUGGAUCCACUUGAAAGCAUUUUUGAAAUGGCAGGUUACUGGAAACGAUCAUCUAGCCACUUCGAACCUCAUGCCAAUAGAAGUGCCAGAGCUCUAACACUGUCAGUUUUUCCCAGUCUGUGCCGCUUUCAUUCGUUGCUGUCCUUUGGAUUUAACUGGUUUGAUACCAAAAUACAUCAUUUUUUAUCCUUAUGGUCCCUUGAGCAGUUUCUGCUUCUGACACAGUGGGACUUACCACUUUUUCUACAGUCAGUGAAGAAGACAUUUUUCCUUGUACAGUCACUGAGUGCAGUUCACAGUGAUAGCAUCAGUUGGAACUCUCUUUCUGUACAGUACAGUCUUUUACAGGAGCAAAGAAGCAACUUGGAGGGUUUAUUGAAGAAGUCAUGGGUUCUGUUCUCAAGAGAUCUGACAAAAAUUUCAACAGAAUUCUUUCAGGAGGCCAUGCCUGUUGGCAAGAGUUGGAAGAAGAGUCGCCACUCUGGGAUUCCUCAUCAGCGGAGCCAAUAUGUAGAACACGCAGUGUUUCAGAUUUUGGAACCAGUUGUAGAGAGCUCCAUGGGUUUGUCUUUUGAAAGUCGACUGAAUGUUCUGACCCUUGUUGUCAACACCAUGAUGGAAUCAUGGAGUGAUUUCAUUCUCAAAGAGGAAAUUGUUUUUAGCUUUUAUGGUGCCCAGCAGCUUAGCUUAGAUUUUGGUUACAUCAAAGUAUGGAUUGCGUCUGACUCAAGCAACCUCUCAUCUGAAAUUCAGUCACACCUCUUGAAGUUAGAUGUGUUUCGGCAUCUUGAUGGUGCUAUCGGUCUGCUGAUGUUGCAGCCAAGGAAGAAGAAAUCAAGUGUUGAAGAUAAUGAUGGGGAAUUUGAAUCUAAUGCUAGUACCAUGAGUAGUAGUUCAGUUCUGUCAUCAUUAUCAGGGGUGGAUAUUGAUGCAUAUGACAUUGAUGUCCUCAAUGACAAGACAAUUCCUAACAGGCAGAAGUGGUUGGAUCUACGUCUGCGAGGAGGAAAAUCUAAGAAAGGGUUAUUGCCAUUUUGCUUGAAGGUGCAAGAAAUGAAAUGAGCAUCUACUCAUAUUUAUUGUGAACCAAAUUGCAGAUCCAUUCUACUCUUAAAACAAAAUGGAAGGAUGAUGAUGACAUGCAUUUAUUCAUUGUUCAGGAAAGUUUUUAAACUGAAUGAUAUUUUAAAAUUAUCACAAAUGAUUAUUGUUAAAUAUGUUUACCCUUUCAUUUCUGAAAUGUUAUUAAUUGGAUGUGUAGGCAGAUGAAUUUAUGCAGCCUUUGAAAUCAGGCUUUUGUGAAAGACAUGUUGUACAAAAGAAACCAUUCACUCUUCAAGAGCUGAUGAAAAAGUUAAGUCAUAACUUAUUUUUAGAGCUAACUGGCCAAGUUGGUUAUACUUCUGGACAUGUAAUAUAUUUUAGAACCACAACUUCAAGUAUUGUUGUAUACUGUUUCUGAUGGGUUAUUUGGCCAACAUAUGAAAAGAGGAAAUGGCCACUGAUUCAGCUACAAAAGAAUUGGAUUACAAUAACUUAAACAUGAGAUGUAUUGAAUAUUUAAGUCCCAGAGGAAAAUGUUGCAAAUAAUAGAGCAUAAUACUGUGUCAGCAAGGAGAAAUUCCUCAAGCUUAGAAUGCUCAGAAGAAACUGAAACUAUUUAAAGCUAGUAAAACAAGAAGUUUAUUUACCUUUUAAGCUAAUGAUUUCUUAAGUUGGAUAUGUUUUCACAAAUUAUUUAAGGUUUUUUUUUUUUCAAAAUUAAGAUCCUGUAGAAGGGUCAGGAAACUGUUGCAGUAAAUGUUAGAAAUUAGAGCAGUGGUUAGCUAAUGUACUUUGCAGACCUGUGUAUUGCUUUUCUCGAAGGCAAGUCAAGGAAUCAAGAAUGCUUACUUUAACAUAAUAAUUAAUGGUGUAAUUAUAUAUUGUUGUAUAAAAGUUGUCAGGAUUCAAAUUAUUAAAUUUAAAUUAUCAAAUUACACUAUUAAGAAACUUCAUCUUUUUGUUGAAA